UCUACAUUGUCUCACCUAUUUAUAUAACAGUAUAAUGAUAAGUAAACUUGAAUAUAUAGUUGGACAUACUUUUUCUCUGAGUAUUUUUUUAUUCUAUUUCAUAAUUAUAAAUUGUUCUAAGCCCUGGAUUAAAUUAAAUUGAUAAAAUAAUGAUGCCUGAAUCCAAGCUAAGUGAUCUAAGAGAAUAACUGAAAAAUUAUUCUGUGAAAUUUUACAAGAUAUUCUGGUUUUGGAAAUAUUCUAACAAAACUUUAGAGGAAUUAUCUUUAUUAUUGGAGACAGAAUUUUACUAGGCACUUUAGAGUAUCCCUGGAGUAAGUGAAGUCUCAGGAAAGGACCAAACAUAUGAUCACUGAUGCCUCAUUGUUGUCGUAAAGUGAUUAAAAACUUUUAUUCUUAAUAACUGAGAGGUGGACAUUAGUAAUCUUGUUCUUAGAUGAAAAAAGUAUCAAAAAGUAUCUCUGAGGAAAACUAAACUUGGAGAGAGCCAGGAAAAUUUUUAGGUAAUACAGUUAGCAGGUUUUUGGUAAGGACAGUAAUGUCCUCCACCUCAAAGAUAACCAAAGUAUGUUUGAGAUACUUGGAAUACAUUACAAUUUAUGUAAAGGAAAUAAGAUUUCUUAUGAGAUCAAGAGUGCUAAUCUGUUGCUUAAAAAUAGGAACAUUAUCAUUAAUUAUGAUAGUCGGUUCAGUAGAAUCACCAGGGUUGAAAACUGUGAAAGGGUAAUGAAGAAUAGAAUGUGUUAAAGUGAAGGAUUGUGAGAACAAGUUAACUGAAUUUUUAAUUCCUUAUUUUAGAAAUGUUUCUACAUGCUCAAAAAUUGUUGUUCAAUUCAACUAUAUAAAUAUCACUGAGUAAUUUUUUUUGGUGUAAGGACAAGCUUUACACUGAGUAAUUUUAUAUGUUCAUUACUAUACUUGGUGCUGGAUAUAAAAUGAGGGAACAGAGAAUAACAAAAAUAUAAUUUCUAAAAGGGAGGCCCAGGCAUAUUAGGAGUUGAGAAGGUAUGCACUCUAUACAGGCAUGAUUGUGGAUAUGUUAAUUUCUGCAUAUAUGUUAUUUGAUGUAGAAAAUAGUGCAGAGACAGGACUAUCCAGAAUUUACAUGAGAUAGUCAGAAUUAACCAAAAACCAGUGGUUCAAAUUAAAAUAAUAAUAAUGGUGAUAAUUUUAAACACUGAAGAACAAACAUUAAUGAUGUGAGAUAUAUUGUUUUUUUUUUCUCCAGAUAUAGGAAUUAUGUUUCCUCUACAUCAGCAGGAUGGAUACACUUUCCACUCAUUGUAUAAUUAAAAAUGCCUUUUUGGUCCAAGCAACCACUGGAUUUUUGGCCAAUAUCUCUUUUCUUUUCUUCCUUAUCUUCAUACUUCUUCAGGAUCACAGGCCUAAGCCUCAUGACCUGAUCAGCUGUCACUUGGCCUUCAUUCAUGUAGUGAUGCUUCUCACUGUGGUACUUACUUCAUCUCAAAAUACGUUUGAAUCACUGCGUUUUCUGAAUGACUUCAAAUGUAAAACUUUGUUCUACAUAAACAGAGUGGUGAGAGGCCUCUCUAUCUGCACCACUUGCCACCUGAGUGUGUUCCAGGCCAUCACCAUCAGCCCCAGCACCUCCUGGCUGUCGAAGUUUAAACAUAAAUUCAGAAAUAACAUUAUCAGUGUUUGUUUAUUUCUAUGGCCCCUCAAUUUGUCUUUCAGUGGUAACAUGAUAUUUUUCACUGUGGCUGCUUUCAAUGUGACCCAGACCAAUCUACUUAAGGCCACUACAUACUGCUCAAUCUCUCCCAUGAAUGCCAUUAUCAGGGGAGUAUUUUUAACUCUAAUAUUAUCCAGAGAUGCCUUUUUUGUAGGAAUCAUGCUCAUCUCGAGUGCAUACAUGGUGGUCUUUUUGUCCAGGCAUCAAAGACAAUCCCAGAACCUUCACGGCACCAGCCUCUCUCCCAGAGUUUCCCCAGAGAAAAGGGCCACCCAGACCAUCCUGCUGCUGGUGAGCUUCUUUGUAGUCACAUACUUGGUGGACCUUAUCAUCUCAGCCUCUUCAUCCCAUAGAUGGAUGUACAGCCCAUUGAUCCUGAGUAUCCAGAAUCUUGUCGUUCAUGCCCAUGCCACUGUUGUUCCUUUGGUGCAAAUCUGCUCUGAUAAAAGAAUGAUGGAUAUUCUCCAAAGUAUGCAGCCAGAGUGCAACCAAUUUUGA